GUUAUAGUUGAAUCCAGCGCCCACGUGACCAGCAGGUUAAUGUUGUCAGAUAUCAUCACCGACAGUAGAGGGCGGGCCUGUGGGCAUUGUGACACACCUUUGUUAUUGUUCAGGUGUAAAAAGCCAUACAUUAUACCUCACUGUACACAUAAUAUAUACAGUUAUACAUAUUUAUACAAUGCAGUGUCUAUGAUAAGGUACUAACUUAAAUAUAAACAGUAGUUUAUGAUGACAAACAGUUUGAUUCAAGUCAUAACAACUUUAUUGGUUCCCAGAGGACAAAUCUAGGUUUGAGGACCUUGAAAUGAAUAAAUGUAUAGAUGAUUAAAGAGUAUAAACAAAAUAAAACACAUUUAAAACAAGCACUUAUCAAGCAGAAAUCUAACGAAUAACAUUUCUUAUAGACCAAACAAAACAUAAAAUCAAAGCUAUAUCACAAAGUGAGUAAUAUAUACAUACAUAAAGACAGACAUAAAUGCAUUAUAAAUAUAUAUACCUACGUGCAUAUUACUCUUUAUGAAGUAACUUAGGUGCAUAUAUAUAGAUAGAGAAAUAUGGAUCAUAUGUCAGAGGCUCUUUCUAUGUGAAAUCUAAAAAAGUUUUAUGAAAGGUUACUUGGUUACUCUCCACUGCUAGCCAUAAUAUUAAUCAUAACUCACAGCGGGAAUAACUUUUCCUUGUUAUUAAACUUUUUCUUUGAACAUUUUAUUUGAUGUAUAACUCAUUUGUUCCAUCUAAUAACACGGAGGAGGCUGGGUUUAUGACCCAUCCUGCAGGUGUUUGUCUUCACUGUAAUGUCUGUGAUCUUUGCCAAUAAUCAGAGAUAUGAUCAGAAAAGCCUCCGCUACAGUGGGUGGCGCUGUGGAGCGUUCACCUCGGGUUUCACUAACGCAGAAGAAGAAGAAAAGCAGCUGUCACUUCCGCAAACAACGUCACUGCAGCAACAUGGAUACUGCUAUUGAAGCCAGUCAGGAGAAUAAGUUCGCUACUGACAGCGAUGGAGCAAAGAUUCAAGAGCGGAUCCAGAAGCGGAACCAGGAGAGAAUAGAUGGCGUGGAGCGGAGAAAGGAGGAGAAGGAGACCCGCUCCGUGCCGGAGGAGAAGAGCGAGUACUUCUCCAGAACCUUCCAGGCGGAGCUGGCGUGUAUCGAGGAGCUGCUGUCCCAGUGCUCCGGAGAGGACCGGGCCGAUGUGGUCCGGAAGCUGGAGGAGACCACGACCAAAACCGCGCAGCUCCAGAAGUUUGUGAACGACAGCGUGAUGUUCCUGACGCAGUACGAGCUGAGGAAGUCGCAGGCUGCUCUCCAGAAGCUGCAGAGCUCCAUCUCUGAGGCCAGGGACAAGGCGAUGCCCAAGAAGAAGUUUGCCUUUCGAGCUCGCACCCAAGACACAGCUCCCCCUGGUGCUGCUCCACCUGCACUGUCUGGAGAGGUGGAUGGAGGAGGUGGUGCAUCUGAGAAGUCUCCACCUGGGGCGACCACACCUGCACAGUCUGAAGAGGCCACUGAGCAGUGCGGCUUCUCCAACAGGGAGGGUGAGCUUCUGACCAAAACCUCCGAGGAGAUCCACCAAGGAGACGUGCUGCUGAGCCACCUGUCCAACUGCAGGGUGCGUCUGUUCGGUUCCCCCAGCACGCUGCACCUCAAGCACAUCGACAGCUGCGAGAUCCUGUGCGGGCCCGUGUCCACCUCCGUGUUCGUGGAUCACUGCAAGAACAGCACCCUGGCCUUCCCCUGUCAGCAGCUGCGGACCCACAACACCACGGACACCCAGGUAUACCUUCACGUCACCUGCCGAGCCAUCAUAGAGGACUGUCAGGGGGUGAGCCUCGCCCCGUUCUCCUGGUCGUAUCCCACCAUGGACGCCGACUACGACGUGUCCGGCCUGGACCGGGACAGAAACAACUGGAGCCAGGUGGAUGAUUUCAACUGGCUGGCAUUUAGAACACCUUCACCCAACUGGAGUGUCAUCCCAGAGGCAGACAGGAAAACCAGCUGGGACGACUAGUGUUUAACUUUUGACUUUUCACCAUUAACACAUCCACAUAUCCACCAAACCAAAUAUGUUGAAGUUACCUCGUGAAUGUUAGUUAGAUUUGAUGAGGGUUGUCUCAUCAGCUCAUUUUAUUUAACUCUAUCAGUUGCUCUCGAUUUUCAGGACUCAUGUAACUCAUAUAGACAACACGCUCAUUCUAAUUCUAGGAAGAACCUGAAUAAUAAAAAUACUGAAAAAAACUAGAAUGGUUUUAUUAUUAUUUUGAUCAUGCAAUUAGUAAUUCUCUAAAAUACCAUGAUCCCUAAAUAUUAAAGGUGCACAAACCACCAGUUAUUUUUCAUCAAGAACAGAAUUGGGAGCCAGUCAAACUACUGAAAGGGAACAGCUUUAAAUCACUAUGUGACACUGUCGUCAUUACAGUGGAUUUGAAUAAAGCUGCCGGCAGCUG